AUGAGUGGAAACAAGCAACCCUUUUAUUACUAUUCUGUCUUUUCCUUCUGCCAAAAGUAUUGGAAGCUUGCCAAUGGCGCACACGCCACGUUUGAGGGUCGAGACUCACUUUUCUCGCUCGUCUGCGCAUCGAACCUAUUGAUAGAUAGCCCUGGGCCAAUUACUGACGAGAUUCUCACUCAGGAAAGUACACACCGCCUUCUAAAGACUCAAUCAAGAACCAGAGAAACUGCAAUCAACCUUAACUCUCUGAUUCGGUCGAGGUGGAGAAAAAGCACUCAUGCCGAAUCCUACCAUAGGAAAAGAGACUGGGGUCGCUUCCUCUAUAUAGUAGACAUCAUCAAAGCCCUCGCAGCUCAACCAUCUAUUUUCGGCUUUUUGAGAGAAUACGGACGGUGGGAGAGAACUCGAAGGGGAAUUAAUGGGAAUGAACUAGAAAGUGUCGAAGCUUUCCGACCAGUCCUUCCUCCCUUUGAGAACUUCACCCCGAUUCUACAUGGGCGAGUGACGAAGAAUUCCGUCAAGGAAGUGGUAUCGAGAAUUGACAAUCCAAAACAUGUGGAUUAUGAGAUCUGGCUGGAGAUCUGUCUUGACCUGCAGCCUAUGAUGAUGAGUGGCCAUCGGAUUCACACAAAGAACCUAAAAGGCGAAUCUGAGAUGAGAAGUGUCAGCAAGCGUUCGAGCAGAUCAAGGUUGAUGAACCCGCUUGGUCCCGCCGCGACCAGGAUCGAUGAAAUUGAGUGUACUUAUCUGUUAUAA